AUGGCGGCUUGUUUUAUGGGUGGUGGAAACCAAUAUGCCUGGAAAGCCCUCUUCUCUGUGACGGAUGAACUGCCGGAUCUCUGUGAUACUGAAUGUCAUGAUGUAGCCGGUGUGUGUUGUUCAGAAGCCCUCUUCUCUGUGACAGAUGAACUGCCGGCUCUCUGUGAUACUGAAAGUCAUGAUGUAGCUGGUGUGUGUUAUUCAGAAGCCCUCUUCUCUGUGACAGAUGAACUGCCGGAUCUCUGUGAUACUGAAAGUCAUGAUGUAGCCGAAGCCCUCUUCUCUGUGGCGGAUGAACUGCCGGAUCUCUGUGAUACUGAAAGUCAUGAUGUAGCUGGUGUGUGCUGUUCAGAAGCCCUCUUCUCUGUGGCGGAUGAACUGCCGGAUCUCUGUGAUACUGAAAGUCAUGAUGUAGCCGGUGUGUGUUGUUCAGAAGCCCUCUUCUCUGUGACAGAUGAACUGCCGGAUCUCUGUGAUACUGAAAGUCAUGAUAUAGCUGGUGUGUGCUGUUCAGAAGCCCUCCUCUCUGUGACGGAUAAACUGCCGGAUCUCUGUGAUACUGAAAGUCAUGAUGUAGCUGGUGUGUGUUGUUCAGAAACCCUCUUCUCUGUGACGGAUGAACUGCCGGAUCUCUGUGAUACUGAAAGUCAUGAUGUAGCUGGUGUGUGCUGUUCAGAAGCCCUCUUCUCUGUGACAGAUGAACUGCCGGAUCUCUGA